AUGGCCGGACCAUGGAUACCAGUCCCAGUUGUCGUCGCGGGCAUGGCUCCUUACACAGUUGUGCCCCCAUCCCCGCCGGUGCCCUUACCCGCCAAUUUCGCCCGAUGGGAUGCUCCCUGGCCCUUCACGGGCAACGGCAACUGGAUGAACGGGUGGACGCCGCAGCUGACCAUUGACCAAAUCCAAGCCUUUCUGCGCGUCAUCCGGGCGAUCAGGAACGGCGAGUCCAUGGGUUGGGAUAACCCGGCAUGGCGCCAGACGGCGUCGGAACGGCAGCUUACCGUCGCGCUCAACGCCAUGAACUACCUCACGGCCGGACGCACCUCCGGCGGCCGCUGGGCCUACGUCUACGGCGUCACCACGGUGCUGGACUCCGGGCCCCAUAGCAGGCCACGGGAUAUCGUCCUACCCCCUCGCGUCAGGCAAGACCUAGCGGCCCCCUGGAACACGACGUCGUUGGCAUAUAACGCGAACCAUCAGAAUAUGUCCCGCUACCGUGCAGUCAUCUUCAUCCAUAGACACAAGUCGUCGAUCGAGCCGGGUGGUGUGAGCAGUUACAACACCCCGGUGUACUCAGUGACUAUAUGGUGUCGUCAGAGAGCUCGGCUGGACUGGUUCGACACCGGCGUGGGCAGCGCAACCGAGCGAGUCAAACGGACGGUCGACAUCAACAACUUCUGGCUCCGCGUGGCGACCAACUUCCCGGCCGGGGCCACGCCGCGGCCGAGCCUGCCCAUGCUCACGCGGCACACGACGUCGCGGCUGACCGAGGCCGUCUUCAACCGGGCGUGGCAGUCGCCGGUCAAGGGCCAGACGCUGUGGACGGUGCUUGGCUGGACGCUGCAGACGCUGGCGUCGUCCGAGCACCCGGGCCCCGUGCUGGGGCCCGACAGCCCCUGGGACAGGAUCGAGACCAUGGGCGGGCUGCGCGCCCAGCAGAUCCCGCGCUGGUACGUCUGCUUGGUCUUCCUGCUCUGGAACAACCGCAACCGGCCCGUCAUGCCCGUCGCCAUCCGCAACUCCAUGCACACUGUCAACAGCUUCCGCGCCGCGUACGGCAACCUGGCCAACAAGCUGCUGAAGGACGGCGUCCGCGUCGCAAAGUUGGACUUCACGGGCGCCAACAGGAUACCGGUUGCGAGAUCCAACGCCUUGGUAGCAUGA